AUGAGUAGUAAUAGGGCGGGGAAAUCUUUAACCAAGUACAAAAUUGUGUUCUUGGGUGAACAAGGUGUUGGUAAAACAUCAUUAAUCACAAGAUUCAUGUAUGACACAUUUGAUGAUCACUACCAAGCGACAAUUGGAAUUGAUUUUCUAUCAAAGACGAUGUACUUGGAUGACAAAACAAUUAGAUUGCAACUUUGGGAUACUGCUGGACAGGAAAGAUUUCGGUCACUUAUACCAUCUUAUAUUAGGGAUUCAAGAGUUGCAAUUGUAGUAUAUGACAUAACAAAGAAAAAAUCGUUUGAAUUCAUAGACAAAUGGAUUGAAGAUGUAAAAAACGAGAGAGGUGAAGAGAAUGUCAUACUUUCUAUAGUAGGUAAUAAGAGUGAUUUAAGUGAUGAAAGACAAGUAUCAACAGAAGAAGGUGAAAUAAAGGCGAAAUUAUUGGGUGCAAAAGUUUUUAUGGAAACAUCAACAAAAGCUGGUUAUAAUGUUAAAAAUCUAUUUAAAAAAAUUGCAAAAUCUCUACCUGAAUUUCAAGAUGGGCAGCAGUCAAUUAUAGACAGUAAUACUAGUAAUGAUAAUCAAAAAGAUGUUAAUAAACCUGGUGUAAUUGAUAUUAGUACCAACGACGAGCAAACCGAAGGCGGUUGUCAGUGUUGA